UGAAAUAAUGGGUGCAACUUCUAUGGUGUCCAACACACCAACAGAAGGAAAGUGAGGGAGAAUGAAAGUAAAAGCUACUUACUUUCCCUUUCACCAAACAGUGCAACAAAAAAGUAGAAAUUAGUUAAAGUUCAAAUUUUUAAGUUAGAUCCUUCGUUGAUCUCAAAAACCCUUCAUUUGUUUCUGCAGAUUCAAUCCACAAGUGAAGUUUCUCUCUCUCUCUCUCUCUCUCUCUCUGUGCUGAUUUGUUGAACCAUCUACAUUGAAGACUGGUCAUUUUUUUUUCUCUUCAAAUUUUUGUUUGGUCAAAACAUUCAUAGUCAUUUGUCACCUUUUCUGGAUAUUCCUUGAUUGUUGCUAAACAGAAGAUACCAUAAAACAAUCAUUAAAUGCUUUUUCUAUUUUUGUUGAAUUGAAUUUGAAAUCUUGACUUAGAUUUUGUCAUUAAGGACAACCUAUUAAUUUUUUUUUUUUUUUUUUUUUUACUUCAGUGGUUUUUAUCAAUUAACAAAAAAAGACGCAAAUUUUGAGAUUAAAUGUUUUUAUUUCUUAUAUAUGGUAAACAAAAAGGAGCAAAUGAAAAAAAGAUUUGAUUUUGCUUUCUGGGUUUAGGGUAUUUUUGAGUUUUAGGGUAGUAGUGGAAUGUAACCAGUUGGUAGAACUAGAAACUGCUUCUUUUUUUCCCCUCUCUUGAUAGGUUUGCUUCUUUCAUUUGUUCCCAAUUUGUAAAGGUUUGAUUUUUUGAAGAGGAAUCAUAUAGUGUUGGUGUAGUGGAGAUCUGGGACUAUUUUCGUGUAUUAUGCCCCAUGAGGAGUUUCUUCACUGCAGAAUCAUCUAAAGAAGAGCACUCAAGUGCUCUUAAUCCUCAAUCAUGGCUGCAAGUUGAAAGAGGGAAACUUCCUAAAUUGUCAUCACAGUCCUCUUCUACAUCAAUAGAAUCAUUAAUCAAGGUUCAGCAGCCACCAGUACUGCCAUUCUUUAAACCUGUUGAUUAUGUGGAAGUUUUAGCUCAAAUCCAUGAAGAGCUUGAAUCAUGUACUCCACAGGAACAGUCAAAUCUGUUUCUGUUCCAAUAUCAGGUCUUUAAAGGCCUUGGUGAUGUUAAAUUGAUGCAAAGAAGCCUCCGGGAAGCAUGGCGGAGGGCGAGCAGUGUUCAUGAGAAGAUUGUAUUUGGGGCAUGGUUGAAGUAUGAGAAGCAAGGGGAAGAACUAAUUGCUGGUUUGCUUAUAAGUAAGCGUGAAAACGAAUAUGGUCCUGUUGAUGUCAAAUCUCAUAUUGGUUCUCAUAUAAAGGUAAGUUUCCAGGAGAGUGUUUUGAUGAAUGGGAGCAACACUUCACAGUAUGUUGUUUUUACGAUUGGAGAUGAGAAGAUAGUGUGUGAUAGACAGAAGUUUUCUGAACUCUCGGCGCCGUUUCACACAAUGCUAAAUGGGGAUUUCUGGGAAUCGUCUUCGGAGGCUAUAGAUUUGUCGGAAAACAAUAUAUCUCCUUCGGGUAUGAGGGCAAUAAGUUAUUUCAGUAUGACUGGAAGUUUAAUUGAACUCCCUCCAAAGCUUUUGUUGGAGAUAUUAGUUUUUGCCAACAAAUAUUGUUGUGAUAGAUUAAAAGAGUCUUGUGAUAGAAGACUUGCAUCCUUAGUUUCUUCCAAAGAAGAUGCCGUGGAACUCAUGGAAUAUGCUCUUGAUGAGAAUUCGGUUGUCCUUGCAGCUUCUUGUUUACAAUUCCUUUUACGCGAUCUUCCUGAUUGCUUGAGCGACAAUGGGGUGGUGGACUUAUUUCUUCAUGCUAAUAAGCAGCAGUUGGAAGUUAUGGUUGGGCGUGGUUUGUUUGCACUUUUCUGUUUCUUGAGUGAAGUUUCUAUGAACCUUGAUUCUAGUUCAGACACAACCGCUCGUUUUCUGGAAAGGUUAGUUGAAUUUGCUGAAAAUGACAAGCAGAGAUUGUUGGCAUUUCAUCGAUUGGGAUGUGUAAGACUCUUGCGGAAAGAAUACGAUGAAGCUCGUUGCCUUUUUGAGAGAGCUGUAAACGCAGGUCAUAUUUAUUCGGUUGCUGGUUUAGCUAGACUGGACUCUAUAAAAGAUGAGAAGCAUUUAUCUUACGAGAAGAUAAGCUCGGUCAUUUCUCCUGUCAUUCGACUUGGAUGGAUGUACCAAGAAAGAUCACUAUAUUGUGAUGGUGAUUUGAGGACGAAAGACCUUGAGAAAGCAACUGAGCUGGACCCUACUCUUGUAUAUCCCUACAUGUAUAGGGCUGCCACUUUAAUGAAGACAGAGAAUGCUCAAGGUGCACUCACCGAAAUUAAUCGGAUACUAGGCUUCAAACUUUCAUUAGAAUGCUUGGAACUACGGUUUUUUAUCUAUCUUGCUCUUGAGGACUACAAAGCAGCCCUUCGCGAUGUUCAGGCAAUUCUUACUUUGUGUCCACAAUAUAGAAUGUUUGAAGGGCGUGUAGCUGCAUCUCAACUCCGUACUCUAGUGCUUGAGCAUGUUGAACAUUUGACGACGGCAGAUUGUUGGGCACAAUUAUAUGACUGUUGGUCUGCUGUUGAUGAUAUCGAGUCUUUAUCUGUUAUUUACCAGAUGCUUGAAUCUGAUGCCGCAAAGGGCGUUUUAUACUUCAGACAAUCAUUGCUUCUCCUCAGGCUAAACUGUCCCGAGGCAGCUAUGCGGAGUUUACAGUUAGCUUGGCAACAUGCAUCAAGCGAGCACGAACGACUUGUAUAUGAGGGGUGGAUCUUGUAUGAUACUGGUCAUUAUGAGGAAGGGCUCCAAAAAGCUGAAGAGUCUAUUAGUAUUAAAAGGUCUUUUGAGGCCUUUUUCCUAAAGGCUUAUGCAUUGGCCGACUCUGGUUUAGGUUCAAUAUGUUCUUCGACUGUUAUUUCACUUCUGGAAGAUGCCUUGAGGUGUCCUUCUGAUAAUCUGCGCAAAGGUCAGGUACGGUUUUUCUAUUGUACCACCUUCUGGGAAUAUUUCGUCAAUCAUCAACCAAGUGGCCACACACAGGCCCUGAACAAUCUUGGAAGUGUUUUUGUUGAUCAUGGGAAACUGGACCAAGCUGCCGAUUGCUAUAUCAAAGCCCUUAAAAUCCAUCACACUCGAGCCCAUCAGGGUCUUGCGCGUGUUCAUUUUCUAAAAAAUGACAAGCCUACUGCUUACAAGGAAAUGACCAAACUUAUUGAGAAGGCGAAAAACAAUGCGUCGGCGUACGAGAAGAGAUCUGAGUAUGGUGAUCGUGAACUCACAAAGGCAGACCUGGAGAUGGUGACUAGACUAGAUCCACUUCGUGUGUAUCCUUAUAGAUAUCGAGCAGCAGUUUUGAUGGACAACCAUAAGGAACAGGAAGCCAUUGCUGAGCUCUCUAGAGCAAUUGCAUUCAAAGCUGAUUUGCAUCUCUUACAUCUACGCGCAGCAUUUCAUGAACACAAAGGGGAUGUCCUAAGUGCGCUAAGAGACUGCCGUGCUGCACUCUCGGUGGAUCCAAACCACCAAGAAAUGUUGGAACUUCACACGCGUGUUAACAGCCACGAACCAUGAGUGAAGAUCGCGAGCUAUGAAGAGGACAGAAAGCAUUUUUACACCCAUCAGCCAGUCGUCAUGAAAAUAUAAAUUUGUAAAUGCAAAGUAUAGUUGAAUUGAAUGAUUAAGAGCCAUCUGUAUAAUGUGUAGUAAUGAACAUGUGAUGGUAUCAUUUUCCUUUCUAAUGAGGGUGAUGCCCAAAUUUUGUAAUUUAUAUUCUUGCUAUCUUUUGGGGAUGUGUCAAUACAUGUAUUUUAUUUCACCAUCUAAACUUUGUGUAUUCCUUUUCUUUUUAUGAUAAGGUAUUCACUUCUUUCGUAGUUUUA